AUGUCAACACGAAAAGACCACUGGUCAUCAAAAGCCUACACUUCGGCGGCCGGCUUCGUCCCUAAGAUGACCACAAAGGUCGUCGGUUACCUGGACCCCCAACCAACCGACAAAAUCCUAGACAUCGGCUGCGGCGACGCCCAAUUGACCGCAGAAAUCGCCAAAGCCGUACCAGAAGGCAAAGUCCUCGGCGUCGACGCAAGCCAAUCCUUCAUCACCACCGCAAAAGAGAACCAUUCCUCCAUCCCCAACCUCUCCUUCAUCUUACACGAUGCCACAGACCUACAAUCCUCUCCUCCAGAAAUUUUAUCCGGCGAAUGGGACAAAGUCUUCUCAAAUGCCGCUAUGCAUUGGAUUUUGAAACACAAAUCCACGAGAUUGGAAUUCUUUUCAAAUAUCCACCGAGCUCUGAAGCCUCAUGGAAAAUUCGUUUUCGAAAUGGGCGGCAAAGGUAAUGUGGCGGAAAUCCAAGCCGCGACGAUCGCCGCUCUCGUGCAUGCGGGGAUACCGAUUCAAGAGGCUCGGGAUGCGUGUCCUUGGUUUUUUCCUUCGAGUGUGUGGAUGGAGAACACGUUGAGGGAGCGGGGGUUUGAGGUUGAGGUUUGUGAGACGGAGUAUCGGCCUAGUGCUUUGAGUGAGAGGAAUUCUGAGGGGAGUGGGGGGAUUGAGGGGUGGGUUCGGUUGAUGUGUGCGCAGUUUUUGGAGGUUGUGCCCGAGGGGAAGAGGGAGGCGGUUAUUAGGGAGAUAUGUGAGGUUGUGGAGACGGUUAUUACGAGGGAGGAGGAUGGGGGUGGGUUUCUUGGAUAUGUUCGGUUGAGGGCUGUGGCGAGGAAGAUGUGA